AUGGUGAAAACUCAUGGAGCUUUCUCUAAGAAGACCCUUGCUUCUCAAUCCCGAAAGGUGCCCUCUCCAUCACCUCUUCCAUCUGUGUCAACGACACCUCCAUCUGCUCCAGCACCAACGGCAUCUGUUGGGAAAACUCCCAAAUCCAAGGCGCACAAGAAGGUGUUCUCCCUCUCUAUUGAACACCCCAUGGUGUUUCCAGAUAUCACGGCUGAUAUUGUCGACGUCGCACCACCAUCUGAAGUGGUGGUGCCUUCUCGAGCCAAAAACCUGUCUCCUUUUCCGAUUGAAUCGUCUCUGGUGGCUAGGGCAAAAUCCAAAUAUGUUUCUUCCUCUUCCAAAGUUGUUGCUGCUGGGUUACUAAAGCUACCCAUGAAGUUAAGCCAGUCCAAGAAAAACUUUGUGGCUCCCAAAAGGAAAUUGGGGUUGGACUCAUCUUUAUCUCCUUUGACUGCUGCCAAAAAAAGAUUGAAGGCUCAUCCCCCUUCUCCGUCUUCCUCUGAAUCUGACCCUGAGGAAGCAAAAUCUGAGUUUGAAGCAAUCUAUGAUACCACCUUAUCUGAUGAAUCUGUUCCUAACAUUGAGGAAUCAGAGACUGAGUCUGAUGAGCCAGAACAAGAAGACAUUGUCCCCUCUGAACAAGAAGUUGAAUCUGACACAGAACCAGUUGCAACUCCUUUGUCAUCCAAGGCUAAAGGCAAGAGACCUAUUUCUUAUUCUACACCAUCUCCAAAACUCUCAGGUGUAAAUUUCAAACCUUAUUCUUCAACUUUUUUUUAUAAUGACAAUCCUCGUGAUAUGGUUCUCUAUGCUCAAAGGAAAUUUCUCAUUGAGAGAAAUUAUGUCUUGAGUGAUCAUCGACCUUAUGGUGUGCUAACAAUGCUUCAAGAUCGAAAAUGGAUAGGUUCUUUGGUUAAAUUUACUAGUUUUGUGGAUAGAAUAGUCAAGGAAUUCUAUGCCAAUCUUACUAAUGAAAUUGUUGAACCUAAAUCUCCUCUGUAUUGUAAAGUGUUUGUUAGGGGCCAUUGGUUCUCUUUUUCUCCACAAGAUAUUGCCCAUGUUUUGCAUCUUCCUCUUGAUGUUGAGGAUGAUGAUGAUCUUGCCUCUCUUGACAAGGAUGCGGUUAUCACUGAAUUAGUAGGGCAAGAAAUGGUAUGGCCAUCUAAUACAGUCAUCUCGGUCACUAAUCUCACCUACACUUAUGUUGUUCUCCAUAAGUUUGCCGCAACGAAUUGGAAACCAACUUCUUACACCGUAACUAUCUCCUUUGACAUGGCCUCUUUUUUGUACAAAGUGGGGACCGGAAUUGGUAUAAACUUGGCUAUGUUUAUCUAUGUUCAAAUCAUUGGAUUUCGAAAAGACUUGGUGGCUCCCACUACUGCUGCUUCCUACAAGGCCUCUGCUCCAACUACUGAAGCCACUGAUGGUCCAUCAAUCAAGAAAUUCAAGCCUCAAUUUCUGAAGUUUUCCUUGGAUGACAUUCCUCCUGAAUCCUCAUUUGUUCCCACAGAUUCAGGAACUGUUUCUACAAAACUAGCUGAUGUUCGAGCCUUUGUUGAUUCUUUGGCUGCUCGAGUGAUGACAAUUGAAGGACUGCCACGUUCUGUUUUGGAUGCUGUCCAAACCUUGUCCAAGGAUCCAGCUGUUUAG